CAAGUGUCGAAAAAUAUCGCCUUUGAGUCGCCGAGGCUGAUCGCGGACUAGUCAUUGGCGAACGAUGAGGGUGGCCGUAGCGUCAGCCAAGGAGGGUCGAAGCGAAGCUUUCCAAGAUUUCAAAUGGGCACUGGGACUGAACCGGCUAAGCCUGCGACUGAUGGGCGUCUGGCCGAACGAGCGCGAUCUGGACGAGGAACUUACGAGUGUGACGUUCCGAGUGCCGGCAAUGAUCGCGACGAUAUCGCUCUGCCUGUUCCUUCCGCAGAUGUACGCCUUGGUACUCGUGUUUAACGAGUUGCCACUGGUCAUCGACAACCUCGUGACCAGCUGCUCUGCCUUGACUUCCUGCGUGAAGCUCUAUUUCGUCUGGCGCAGCAAAACACUGCUGUGGCCGGUGGUGGAGUCGGUCAAGUGCGACUGGUUGCGGCCGAAGCGCUCUUGGGAACGGGAGGCGAUGAAACGAGAGGCAGCCCGAGCCAGGCUGUUCACGAUAAGCGGCUACGUAGUUCUGGCCGGUUGCUACUCCGGCUUCGCCUUCGCGCCACUCUUCGGCAUAAACAUCCGCAUGAUAUCCAACAUCACCGACUACGGCGACAGAUUGCUGAUGGUGCAAUCUUACCUGCCCUACGACUACUCCAAGAGUCCCGCCUACGAGAUCACGCAGACUUCGCAGCUGAUCGCCGGCUUCUUCAUUGGCAUGGCCGUCUCCAUACCCGACAACUACUACGCGGCCUUGGUCUUUCACGUGAGCGCCCAGUUUGAGAUUUUGGGCGACAGAAUCGAGCGCUUUAUCAAAACGGAUCCCGCGGCUGAAACCUUUUCCAGUGACAUAGAUUUCCAGAGAAGCGUUGGUGUCUUUAUCGAUCGGCAUGUCCAUCUGAUUGCGUUAGUAUUACGAUUAACAAUUAAAAUUAUACACUCGAGUUAUCUAGAUUAUUGCAGGUUGGUUACGGCCGUUGAAGAGUCUUUCAAUUUCGUGAUCGCAGCGCAAAUCCUCUGUAUGUCCGUGGUGGUUUGUUGCUUGGGCUUUCAAAUUUUAGGCAUAAUUGGUGGCAAUGAGGAUAAGCCAUCGCUCCUUCAAAUAGUCACACUAGUCGGCACUUUGUUCACACUGAUGAUGCAUACCCUUGUGGAUUGUUUUGCCAGUGAAACUUUAGCCUCUCGCAGUUCUGGCUUCUUUCACAACGUCUACAAUUGCAAGUGGUACACCAUUCCUCAGUACGACACUCGGCUAUUGAUACCUAUGAUGCUGUUGUCCAAGAUCCCCCGAAAACUAACAGCAGGCAAAAUUUUUCACUUGUCUCUUUCAACCUAUUGCAACAUUUUGAAGUCCACUGCUAGUUAUAUUUCGAUGCUGUUAGUCGCUAGCGGCAGGUAAUAUGCUCGGAAAAUGUACAAUGUCCUACAAGGCGUAGAUCCACCCGUAAAGCAUAUAAUGGAUUUGAUCGGGGGCUGGUUCACUGCCACGAAAAUAUACGAGAUACUAAAAUAUAAAUAUAUUUUGUAAUAGAAAAUUAUAUAUAUUUUAUUAGUAAAGAAAUUUGUCGCACUCGUA